AUGAGCUCGCAAAAGCCACCAGUCAUCGAAGUCUCUUCUGGUGGGGAGAGGGUACCUCCUGGCGUACACGAUAUCGACACAAAAACUCCCUCCUUCGAGGUCGACUCGCCCAAAGACGAGAUCAGCGACUUGGCCGAGCCCCAGGAUACAACCAAAAACUUCGGCUUUUGGGAAGCGCUCACAUGCCGCAGCACGACGCGGGAUCUCGACGCCAUCGCAACAGAGCGAAGUGUUUUUGAUGAUCCCAGCUUGGCGCCCUUCUAUCAGCCCCCACCAGAGUACGAGAACGUGCAUCGCUUUGAUUCGCAGGAACGAUGGACGCACCGCGAAGAACGCUCUGUCCGCCGAAAGACAGAUUUCAGUAUCUUUGCCUGGAUUCUGGUCAUGUUCUUCGGUCUCAACAUCGACAGAGGCAAUCUCGGCAAUGCAGCUGCGGAUAAUCUCUUGAAAGACCUCCAUAUCAACACCAACGACUACAACAAUGCUCAGAACAUGUACCGCAUCGGUUUUCUGAUCGCCGAAGUUCCAUCUCAGAUGAUUGGAAAGCGGCUCGGACCUGAUAGAUGGAUCCCCGUUCAAAUUAUGCUCUGGAGUCUUGCAUCUGGCGGACAGUUCUUCAUGCAUAACCGGGCUGGCUUCUUUGCCUGCCGAUUCUUCAUCGGUCUCUUCAUGGGUGGCUUCAUUCCGGAUUCCAUCUUGUACUUGUCGUACUUCUACAAGAAGACUGAGAUGCCUAUCCGCCUGGCCCUCUUCUGGUUCGUCGACUCCAUGUCCGGCGUCAUUGCAUCCUUCAUGGCCUAUGGAAUCUUGCACUUGCGCGGUGUUGCAGGAAAAGAAGGAUGGCGAUGGCUUUUCCUGAUCGAGGCUCUCGUCAGUUUCGUCAUUGGUGCCGCCAGCUUCCUCUUCCUGGUCCCUGGACCGACCCAGACGAAAACGUGGUGGAAUCCCAAAGGCUACUUCAACGAGCGCGAGGAAAAGAUCAUCGUCAACCGCGUCCUUCAAUCGCUGUCUCUGGGCAUGCUCUGGAAAAGUCUCAAGGACUACGACCUGUGGCCGAUCUAUCUCAUCGGCAUCCUCUUCGAGAUCCCCACUGCGCCACCGAAGACAUAUCUCACGCUGUCCCUCAAGGCCCUUGGCUUCAGCACCUCCAAUGUUACUCUGCUCGCCAUUCCCGUCACCGUUUUCGCCGCGGUUAACAUGCUCUGGGUUACGUUCCUCACAGAGAGGUUCCAUCAGAUCGCCAUCAUUGGCCUGCUCUCGCAAGUCUGGGUAUUGCCGCUCCUCAUCGUGGAGUAUACUUCCAUUGAUAGCCUUUCACCGUGGGCGCAAUAUGCCGUUACGUUCAUGAUUCUCGGCCAGCCGUCUACCCAUGCGGCGCAUGUCGGAUGGUGCUCCCGGCUCUCGAAAGCCGUCAGGACGAGAGCCAUUAGUGCCGCGCUUUACAACAUCACCAUCCAGCUAUCCGGAAUCGCUUCUUCCAACAUCUAUCGAGAGGAUGAUAAGCCUCACUACCACCGCGGAAACAAGAACUUGAUUGCAAUCACUGUGGCAACAAUCUUUGCGUAUGCUUUUGCCAAGACCUACUACACUCUUCGCAACAAGUCCAAGAGAGCGAAAUGGAACAGCAUGUCGGAGCAGGAGAAGACGGCGUAUCUGGCCAACACUAGCGAUGAAGGAAAUAAGCGUUUGGAUUUCUUCUUCGACAGCUAA